AUGCUAUAUAAGACCCUCAACCUCGCGCGCCAGAGUCUUGCAAAGACCUUCACCCACGGUUACGCCCAGUCCGUUGUCGCCGCCUCCCAGUCCUCCUACGCCUCCCAGAACCAUUCCUUCGGAGCCUACAGUCGUUUCUCGAAAUCUCAGUCACAACAACCGCAGACCCACUUUUCGACCGCCCACGGCCAGCCGAGCACCAGCUCGAAGCCUGGUCAAGCCGACCAUCACGAUGGUUUAGCUGCGUACUACGCCGCAUGGCAGAAACAUGCGCGCCUCGAGGAUAGGGAAUGGCAGCAGUUUCAGUUCAGGAAGAGCAUAGAAUGGAAGGCUACACCCGCAGCAACAGACGGCAAGGCGAAGGUUAGACACCACGACGAUGUCGCUGUGGAAGAGGAUGUGGAGCUGGCUCCGCCCAGAGGUAGCCUAAGUCGCGCUUACAGUACGAGCGCAGUCGAUGACCGCAAGGAAAUCGUAAUCGAUGAGCCGGAUGACGUUGCAGCACUUACCAGGCCGAAUGAAGCUAUCGUCGAAGAAAUAGUUAGAGAUGAGGCGCAGGCUCAAACCACCGCAUCUGAAGGGGACGCUUCUGUGUCGGUCGAAGAUGGAUUCCGGUCCCCUACGUCGUCACUAGAGGCAUCUGUCGAGUCCUUCGUUCUGAGCGACAUUACUCAAGCGACAUCAGUUUCGGCAGCGGACACAUACGCAGAGCAGCUGAACAGGCUUGCGGAAAGCCAGCAUUAUGCCGAAAUUCCUGCGGUCUUCGAGGCGAUGCUUCUGGAGAAUGUCAAGCCCACUGCGACUGCUUACCAUGCGCUGCUUGCUGCUGCCAUUCGGCUUCCACGGUCAAAGCACCAGGUUGUGCCCAAGGCGCUGGACAUCUACUCGGACAUGCUCCAUCGCCGAGUCCUUCCGGAUAGUACCACCUACGCCAUUUUGAUCGAGCUCCUUUCCGCACGGACUCUGGAUGUUGUGGGGAUGAAGCAGGUCCUUGAGGAGAAGCGUCUCAGGUAUGGGGGCAUGGAAGAGGAGGGAAAGUUCAUGCUUCAGUCGAACAAGACUGAGUCCGACAUUCUUUCUGAAGAUGACUCGCUCAGCAUCGCCGUCAAAUUGUACGACACUGCCUUGGCUAUCGAUCGGGACCGUGCAUUCGCCGAGAAGACUUACCGUGUUCUGGUAGCUGCUUGCGCGGAAACUGGCCGCCUCGAGGACAUGGUACGAAUUUACGAGCAUAUGGAAGCGAAGAACAUUCUGCCAUGUGCCGACCUGUUCGUACCAAUGAUCCAUGCGUUCGGGACUUCGGGAGACUUGCGAAGCGCUGUGGAAUGCUAUGAUGAGUACAAAGCCAUGGCUAUCGCGAACGACAAGGGAGAGAUCUCGAUGACUCGGAAGGACAACCAUGUGUAUGCGGCGCUCGUCAAAGCAUACAUUGUUUGCGAAAGGCCUGAGGGCGCUCAUAAGUUCCUCGGCAAGAUUGAGAGCGAGCUGCCGGAAUCUAGUCAGCUUGUCACACUGCGGGAUUCCAUAGGCUUGAGGGCAUUCAUUCCGGCCUGGCUAAGAAACGGCGCAUUCGCGGAUGCGUUGAGCCAUGUGAGCGAGAAGCUGAGUCCCAACGCACGCAGUAUCGCCAUGGCGGCCAUCUGUGUGAAGGCUGCCGACAAGAACAGCAUUGAUAUAGCGACCACAGCUUUUAGCUCGCUGGGCGAAGGCAUUGAUUUGUCUGUGCCUGCCAUGGCCAUGGGCGCGAUGCACAUUCGCAACGGCAACAUCGAGGCUGCUGAACCCUUUUGGUUCACCUUGGAGACCUCCAGCAUCAAGCCUCAAUUCAUCGAGGCGACAGUCAUGCACGCCGUGGCCUUAAUUGGCAGCGGUCGUCCGGAGACCGGCUUACGACGCAGUCGCCAGAUGUUCACUCGCAUUCGUGAUGCUCAGGCAACCUCGAACCAAGCCAAGCUGGAAGUUGUCGAGCAGAUUGAUGAGGCGAUCGAGGUCAUUGGCCAGUUCAUGUCCAAGAGAAACAUUGUGCUUCCCGCUAAGGCAAGCAUGGAGCUGAUGUGGACUAUGGUUGAGAAUGGCGGUCUAGUCCUUCCAGUUGCUGGACACCUGCUCGCAGGCCUUGGAUCAGAAGGCAUUGCUGAGCUUGGCUGGACCGACCUCACCCUGCUGAUGCAGGUACAAGCCGGCAUGAUCAUCAAUGCGUCACAUAUGGGUGUUGCGCACGAGGCCCGAUUUGCUCACCUGCUCGACGUGAUAAUCGGCGGCGGCUUGACUCUCGAAAAACGGACAGCGACCUUGAUAGAGAAGGUUCUUAUACGGGUCGACCGACCUGACCUUGCUCAACGAUGGCAAAACUUCUACUACCCAGCACCCGUACCCGCCUACUCGCCUGCUCCAUAUCAAACAUUCACUUAUCCUACUCCGAUGCAUCAAAGCGCUGCCGUCGAAGAUGCGUUUGAUCCGUACGCUGCCACAACCGACAACAAGGGCUCAGUAGCCAUCACCGACCUUCUUGAAAAGACCCAUGGACGCACCUCCUCCCACUUGAACGAGGCACUAACUAAGUUCAAGAAUAUGCGCCGGGCUGGCAGGCACCCACGCUUCUUCGCGUAUGCGAAGCUUAUCACUGCGGCAGCGAAGGAAAACCGCCUCAACCUCGCUCACGACAUCCUGGCUCUGGCCAGGCAGGAUGUUCCUCUUCUCUCUCAGUAUCGCAUUGUGCGAUAUGGAUGGGUCACCAUCCUGGAUGCCAUGGUUGCUGCAUGCUUAACAACCGGCCAGCGUCAGCUAGCUGCUCAGUAUCAUCAAGAUCUGCUUGAAAUGGGCGCGGCUCCCUCAGCGAACACCUUUGGCCUCUACAUCACCACGCUCAAGGAAUCUACCAAGACCUUUGACGAAGCCACCGAGGCGGUGAAGAUCUUCCUCCGCGCCAAGUCUGAAGGCGUCGAGCCGUCCUCCUUCCUCUACAACGCGCUCAUCGGCAAGCUGGGCAAAGCCCGUCGCAUCGACGACUGCCUCUUCUACUUCGCCGAGAUGCGCAACCAUGGCAUCCGCCCGACCAGCGUCACCUACGGCACCAUUGUUAAUGCUCUCUGCCGCGUCAGUGACGAGAAGUUCGCAGAAGAGCUUUUCGAGGAGAUGGAAAGUAUGCCCAACUACAAGCCUCGCCCCGCGCCCUACCACUCCCUCAUGCAAUUCUUCCUUGCCACGAAGCGUGACCGCUCCAAGGUCCUCGACUACUACAACCGCAUGCGCGCCCGCAACGUAGAACCCACGGCGCACACUCACAAGCUCCUCAUCGACACCUAUGCCACCCUGGACCCCAUCGACAUGCCCGCCGCCGAAGCAGUCCUAAGCCAGAUCCGGCAGACGGGCGGCCAGCCCGAGGCGGUGCACUACGCGUCCCUCAUUCACGCCAAGGGCUGCGUGCAGCACGACAUGGCUGGCGCGCGGAGUCUCUUCGACGCCGUGCUGGCUGAUGCCGCUAUCCGGCCCCAGGCGUGUCUUUACCAGGCGCUCUUCGAGUCCAUGGUCGCGAACCACGAGAUCGAGGGGACCGAGGCCGUUCUCGCUGACAUGAAGGCAAGAGGCGUGGAUGUGACGCCGUAUAUUGCGAACGCGCUUAUCCAUGGCUGGGCCGUGGCAGGCGAGAUCAAGAAGGCGGAGAGGGUUUAUAAUGCCCUUGCUACGGAGAAACGGGAGCCGAGCACGUAUGAGGCGAUGACGAGGGCGUUUUUGGCGGUUGAGGACCGCGAGGGCGCCGUGAGAGUUGUGAAUGAGGGGCUUAAGAGGGGGUAUCCUGCUGCUGUUGCGGGAAAGAUCUUGGAGCUGGUGGGAGGUGGCCGCCACGGCGGAGCGGCGGUCGCCGAGAUUGGAGCGUAA